AUGCGCUUCCCAACCAACACCCUCCUCCCCCUCCUCCUCCCCCUCGCCAGCACCUCCCUCGGCGCCAUAACCUGCAAGCCCAAACCCGGCGCGAGCUCCAUCUCGUGGUCGGACCCACUCUCCCCGGCCGCCGCCGCCCAGCACACCUGCGCGAUCAAGACGAGCGCCGCGGACGAGUGCUGCCAGUACGCGCACGGCCGCAUCGGCAACGCCGUCUGCCUCACGGGGGACCCGCUCAGCUGCGACGGCGUGCACAGCGCCCUGAGCAAGAUGUACGGGCAGAGGAAGAAGCGCGGGGGGGAGUACAGCGCGACGACGGAGGUCACGUGCAGCGAUGAUGGCGGGAAGAAGGUGCUGACGAUCGUCACGGCGCCGGAGAAGUCGAUCACGCUGCCCCUGGCGCCGCAGCCGUUUUGCAGGAAGGGAGGUGAGGGGAAUAAGGCGGAGGUGGAGAGGGUUGCGCAGGCGUUUGGGGAUCUUUUUCACCCGGUUUGA